CGGGGUUGCUCUUCUUUGUUGUGAUCAGGCAACCAGCUCGGAUUUAUGAAAAUAAACAAACUGAACUACCUACUCUGUCCUUGUUAUUUUUCCCAGCGCCCUUUCUAAAAGAUUUCCCCUUCUCUUCCAACAUAAUCCUUAGCAAACAUGCAUAAUCAUAUACUGUCUCUCUCACUCCCCAAAGCUGAAGCCGCACAAUGCAACAGAAACCUCAUGCAAGAGUUCCAGGCGGCGCUCGAAAAAGACCCAACAGUGGAUCUGAUCUCUAUUAUUCCCGAUUCAUAUUAUCGCGAACACUAUAAUGCGCAAUGUCAAGAGCUAUCUUAUGCAGCUCAGAUCAAUCUCCGCACAAUAAAUGAGCUUUAUCAGGAACUGGAGAUUGAACCGGAAGCCAAUCUGCUAUCUUUAUUCCCGAAGAACUAUAACCGCAGGAUUCAAAUGGCGACUGGAUCCAGAACGGCGCCUUCGUUGGAAAAGAGCGAGAUACAAGGUCCUCCUGAGUUCCGCACACGUCUUGAUCUCGCUGAUACUGCUACUGUUGUGUUUCCGUUAUCUGAGAAGACUACGACUUUGCUUACGCGAUAUUCAGAAAGGUCAGGCUCUGCGUUUGAUACCACAGGGGAAUCACUUGCUGUAUCUCUGAAAAAACUUCUGUGGGAUUCUCCUGUCCUCUGGGAGAGCCAUGUCAGGGGUGUCGUGGUUAAAUGCAGCGAGGACAUCGUUGCCAAAGUUAUUACGGGACACAGAGAUUACACAGAAUACACUAGCAUGCAAUACCUCGAAGAAAAGGUGCCUGAUAUCCCAGCGCCAAGGCCCCACGGGCUGAUCGCAUUAGGACCCUUUCGCGUCAUAUUCAUGUCGUAUAUUCCAGAAAUCACAUUAGCCACAGUAUGGGAUGGACUAUCUCCCCAGGAAAAGCGCUCGAUACAAGAUCAACUGGAUGAUAUCUUCGUCCGAUUGAGAAAUCUUCGACAGGACGACGGCAAUGAACUCGGUGGUGUGUGUGGAGAAGGCGUGAAGGAACAUAAUGUCGAUGAAACUGCCCUGUGGAAAAAUAUCACUCAGGCUAAAGAGUACAAUGACUUGCAGUUUACGGCCCGUCAUCAUGGCAGCAAUACAUAUGUCAAGUUGUUACGUUCAUUCCUGGACACGACGGCUAUGCGGGGAUCGGUAUUCACACAUGGUGAUAUUAGGAAGGAAAAUAUCAUGGCGAAACGAGAUUCAGGUAGUCGUGAUUCAUAUGUUGUUACGGGAAUCAUUGAUUGGGAGGAUAGUGGUUUUUAUCCUGAGUACUAUGAGUGUACUACAUUGACGGGCAAUCUUAGUCUGGUGGAAGAGGAUGAUUGGUACUUGUAUCUUCCGAGGAGUAUUGCCCCGUCUCGAUUUCCUAUUAAUUGGUUGGUCGAUCGGCUUUGGAAGAUUCAUCUUAGGACUACGUAGAUGGGAAUGAGCAUGGAGAAAUGGUUUGGUUUGGGGACUAAUACAGUAUGCCAUGAUGAAUUCUAAGAAUAACACUACGGAACAACAUGAAGUAGCCAUAACUCGUAUCCUCU